AUGACCAAGCCUGAGCAUGAGCGGCAGGAGAAAGAAGCCGCUGAUCAACGCACCACCGAGAAGAUUGCGUCUAUUGAAGACAAGAAGGCGUUGAAGGACUUGAAGAUCCUUUUGCAUGCGCCAAAGCCUCGGCCUCGGGCGCGUCCUGUGUCGAAGUCGAAGGUGAGCCAGCCGAACAUUGAGGAUGACGAGGAGAUUGUAGAAGCAGCUGAGAUGGGGGAUGUCGAAAUGGAGGACAUUGCUGCAGGCGAUAACGAUGGCGAUAAGGACUUUCAACCAAGUGAGGAGGAGAAUGAAGAGGUGCAGCCGAGGAAUAAGUGUGUCCAGAAGACAGCAUAUCGUGAGGCUGUCCAUGCUGAGCGAAGUGUUAAUAAUACAGGCAUCAAUAUGACUCACAAUCAGAAUUCGAAGGUCGAUAUAUCAGAUCAGGCUGAUCCAACGGCACGUGGUGACCAGAAAGGCAAGAAAGGAGUUGUGGAUGUCUGCGCAGCCAAGGAUGACUAUGCGGGGAUGGGAAAAACAAAGGACUGGGCUGAGAAACUUGCAACAAGCAAGUUGCUCCGCCCUCAACUUGAAAAUCUUCGCCCUGAAUCACACAGACGCGUGUCCUCAGUCACCACCUCGACUGCCGUUUCAAAGAUCUCAAAAUUGACUAGCGCCAGCACUAAUCCCACUGGCAGCCCGCACCCCACAAACAAUGUUCAAGGCAAUCUUGAAGAACCUACCACAGCAUUUCUGGACAAGGACAAUUCACUUGAGCGUGAGGCUGCUUUCAAGGCUACCAAAAAGCCUGGUGCCAGGCAUACAACUUCUGCGCACUCACUCCCCACUCAGGAUACUGUCGAGAUACGCAUCUAG